GACUUCGUUAGCCAGAUCUCAAUUUCAUUCCAGAUCGCUCGCCCGCGCAAUCGAGAUGCGACAUCUCGCAUGCUGGGCACCAACAAUGAAUUCUCAACGUAAUUUCGUACCCUAUUUUCUCGGUCCUUUAUUCGCCGCGUCCAAUCCAGGCUUGCCGCCCGGGUUGCAUAUUACAUCGUCGCUGUCCAGCGGACUCACCCUCCCUCUCCUCUAUUCCCUCCGAGAUAGCACCGACCUCUACGUCGUCUACGACGCGUGCGAGUCGUCGUCAAUAUGCCAUCUACUACGUCCGCCACUCCUUCGCCUCAUACCGGAUCCUUGUACCUUCCACCCACUGCCCGCCGUAGCAGGGCCGCCGCUGCAGGACUACACCUCAUCUUCGAUUCUGCCUCGGACCGCAACUCUGAUUCUUGCGCUGAUUCGCCGAGCAGCUACUCGGACGCGUCCUUCUCGUCCGUCUCUUCCUCUGGGCCUGCAACACCUCUCAGCAGACCAUCCUCCCCUGUGGUCGUAGCUCCCGCGGGAGAGAAUGCGGAUGGCGAAGACUGCUGGAACCUCAUACCGUACCACGUUCCCUGGGGCAACGAGUACUGCGACUAUAAGCCUGGUAGCCUCCCUGGUCCUGACGGGAAUUGCUUCUUCCUGCGCUCACCGACCCCGCUCAAGUACAAGCGUACGGUGAGAGCAUGCACGAAGUGUCGCGAUAGGAAGGCGAAGUGCUCGGGCGAUCGUCCCGCAUGCAAUCGCUGCGUGAGCCGCGGAUAUAUCUGCCAGUACGACCCUGAAGAGCCCAAGCGUACGAAGGGCCCUGAGCUCGCCAGGCAGCGUCUGCGCGAGCGAUCUGACCGUAACGUGUCUGUCUCGAACGCGACCGCAUCAGGCGCGGCCGUCCCCUCGUCACUGAGCAUACCGCCCCUCGUCCCGGCUGCAUCAUCUCCGAGUCAUUUCUUCCCGAAGCGCGAGGAGGUCGAGAUGCUCCCCGAGCUCGGCGAGCUUAGCUAUCCUAUCACGGAGGGCGACGUUGAACCUUGGCCGGCAUUGCAUUCACAAAUGUCCGAACUGACGACAUUCGACGGGUCCAGUACGGCGCAGAACGCAUCGGCGAGACAUCAUUUUGCGCAGCCUAUGGGCUCGCCGGAGUCUACCAACUCGCUACUCCUCCAGCAUGACCAGUCUUCACAGGGAUACGCCCUAUCGAACUUGCCUGUCAACGACCAGUGGUCAUACGCAGCCCACAGCCCGGCUGAACAACUAAAUGUCGCUGUGCCGCUCGCAUCGUCCGUCUAUGCUCCCCGCCCCGUCAGGCGCUCGCAGGUAUCCUUCCUAGCUGAAACCCAGCGCGUGCAGCCUCCGCCCGCUGCCCCGCCUCCCAUCACCAUUCCGCAACCACCUAUACUGCAGCCCACGCUCGUCCCCGUCGCGGAGCCCGAGUUCGAACCUGCACAUGUGCCUGCACCUCAGCCUAUGUGGCCGAACGACGUGCAGGUCGACGCGUACGUCACGCAAUCGGCACAGGAGCUGAUCAACGGGUAUGUAACCUACGAUUACGCUCCAGCCACCGCAACAUACAACUAUGCGUAUCCCCCGCCCCAGGAGUACAUGCCGCAGGCCUACUACGACAUGUCGAUGUACGGCCAGGACGUCGGGGUUGCGCCCGCUGCUACGUACGUCGCGCCAGCAGCGACGUACGUUUCGUACGCUGUAUAGGACUCUUCCCGCCUAUCUCUCAUCACCUUGCUCUGCUGUUCUCGUCUCGCACCCUCUAAGUUAAGCCGUCCCGUGUAUAUACCUGUACAUUUACUACCACCUCAUCGUCAUAGCCAUCGCCAUCAUCACCGCCAUCACGUAGUGUACCUCGCAUCCCGACCGACUGCUUCUCCAUACAUAUUUAUCCUCUCCCUUUGUUACAUUACCACCAUCCUCUCUCUCUGCCUUUGGAUUUUAGGAUUAUUGUUUGGGACACUUGCGGCUCGGUUCGGUACUGGUCACGUUUACAUUCACUCUCGUCCAUCGCACAUCGCAUUCCUCCCGUACCAUACCCACAUCGUAUACAAGUGCACUCUUGGGUAACCUCUCGAAGUCGUACACCUGUCAUACCUGACUUAGUGCGCCGGAG